GGUCGUCUACGUUAUGGUUAAAACUAAUCAGUAACUUAUUGUUCGUGUUAGUACUUGGCAAACCAUUCGGUUUCUUGUUAUGAGUUCGUUGUGAGGUAAACAGCGGUUCCCUAACAGCGAAUUUGUAUGCGGGCUUUGUUGAAAUUGCUCAAACGGAUGAAUAAUCCGACUCGAGACAGUAUAAACAAAAUUUUAAAAGUUUAAGCGAGUCAGGUCGACUGGAUUUUUUUUCCUCUUCGCUAUGGAGGAACAACAGAUUUUUGUCUCUAUUCUCGCAUUAUCACUAUUGGAGUUCUCUUGGGAGCUCUUCUUGGCACUGCGGCAGCACAAAGUUUACUUAGUGACAGAAAAAAUUCCUGAUGAAUUGGCAGAGGUACUGGAUGAAAAUAUUUUUCAGAAAUCAAGAAGUUAUUCUUUAGAUAAAAGCUCAUUUUCAAUUAUCAAAAGCAUUUAUGGCACAAUGCUUGGAACUGGAAUUAUGUGGUAUAUGAUGUUGUACCACAUUUGGGAAAAGAGCAAGUCAAUUCUGGCUAACUUUGAAUUUGAAGAAAACGAAAUAUUGACAAGCGCACUGUUCAUUAUACUUUUGAAUACAAUCAAUUUCUUUUUCUCGCUUCCGCUCAAGAUUUAUGAUACGUUUGUCAUCGAACAAAAACAUGGGUUUAACAAUCAGACUGUCCCAUUUUUUAUUAAGGAUAAAAUAUUGUCUUACACAGUGCUUACUGUACUGGUCGUCCCUCUGACAUGCAUUGCGAUCUACAUCGUAAAAGCUGGCGGGGAAUAUUUUUUCCUGUAUCUCUGGCUUUUUGCAAUGGUGACACUGUUCUUCCUCAUGUCAAUUUACCCUGAUUUUAUAGCACCGCUUUUUGACAAGUACACACCUCUCCCUGAAGGAGAGCUAAAGGAAAAGAUUGAGGAAUUGGCAGCCAAAGUUAAAUUCCCAUUGUAUAAACUUUAUUUAGUUGAAGGAUCUAAAAGGUCUGUCCACAGCAAUGCAUAUUUUUACGGUUUUUUUAAAAACAAACGGAUUGUACUGUUUGACACGUUAUUGAAGUCAGAAAAAAAUGGUGAUAAAGGCUGUGACAAUAAUGAAAUAUUAGCGAUUCUUGCACAUGAGCUUGGCCACUGGAAAUUUAACCAUGUCACCAAAAACAUCCUUAUCAUGCAGGUGAAUUUGUUUUUACAAUUUUUCGCUUUUGGAAUAUUGUUUAAGUACCCACAGCUUUACAAAGCUUUCGGCUUCCAACAUGAACAGCCUAUUAUAAUUGGAUUAAUCAUCGUACUCCAGUUUGUUUUUGCCCCCUAUAAUAGUAUAAUGACAUUCUUUUUGACUAUAUUAAGUCGCAAGUUUGAGUUUCAAGCAGACAACUUUGCUAAGCAAUUGGGGAAGACAAAGUACCUGAGGCAAGGGCUGAUCAAGCUUCAUAAGGACAACUUGAGCUUUCCUGUCUUUGAUUGGCUUUAUUCUAGCUGGCAUCACUCACACCCUCCUCUCCUCCAAAGGUUGAGGGCCCUUGAUGACAAGGAAGACUGAAAUUUCCAAGUAGUUUUAACAUGCACGAGAUAGGAAAAUUUAUUGGCAAUUUUUAAUGUUAAUUUUUUUAGAUGUGCAGUACGAUAUAUUCAGAUAAUACUAUAAAAUGUAUAUACGGUACACAAAGCGAUGAAAAAAAAAAUUCUUUUGUAUUUUAUAUAUAUGUAUAAGAUGGUUUUUGUUAUAAAAGAAUAAUGCUCUCGUGUAAAUAUUAUCAGAAAAUAAACAAUUCGGCAACUUU